UCAUCCAAAACAUUGCAUACAAAGCCUUUCAGAGCAAACACAACUCUUCUAAGUUCUACACACCUUCGAUCUUCAUCUCAAAUUCUUCUCAACACCAAUCAUUUUCUUCUAUCCCAAACAAACAAUACUUAACAUGGCUCCUCAUGAUAUCACCACCGCUACUAAGACCACUAUCCUCUCAACCAAGGCCGCCACUGCCCCGAGCCGAGCCUACGUGACGUUCUUGGCCGGAAACGGCGACUACGUCAAAGGUGUGGUUGGUCUGGCCAAGGGUUUACGGAAGGUGAAGAGCAAGUACUCACUAGUUGUGGCCAUCUUGCCUGAUGUGCCUGAAGAGCACCGUCAGAUCCUAGUUUCUCAGGGCUGCAUAGUCAGAGAGAUCGAGCCUGUUCACCCUCCUGAGAAUCAGACCAACUUCGCCAUGGCGUACUACGUCAUCAACUACUCCAAGCUUCGUAUUUGGGAGUUUGUGGAGUAUAGCAAGAUGAUCUACUUGGAUGGAGAUAUCCAAGUGUUUGAGAACAUCGACCAUCUGUUCGAUUAUCCGGACAACUACUUCUAUGCUGUCAAGGAUUGCUUCUGUGAGCCAAACUGGAAGGACAGUCCCCAGUAUAAGAUUGGUUACUGCCAACAGUGCCCGGAUAAGGUUCAGUGGGACAGUAGCUUGGGUCCUAAGCCACCUCUAUACUUUAAUGCUGGCAUGUUCGUCUAUGAGCCGAACUUGUCUACCUACCAUGAUCUCUUGAGAACCCUCAAGACUUCUACUCCUACUUUGUUCGCUGAGCAGGAUUUCUUGAAUGUGUACUUUAGGGACAAGUACGUGCCCAUCCCUUCAAACUACAACCUUGUGUUGGCUAUGCUGUGGCGCCAUCCUGAAAACAUAGAGCUAGAGAAAGUUAAAGUUGUUCACUAUUGUGCUAACGGUUCCAAGCCAUGGAGGUACAAUGGAGAAGGGGAGAACAUGGAGCGAGAAGACAUCAAGAUGUUGGUGAAGAAAUGGUGGGACAUUUACGAUGAUGAGUCUUUGGACUACGAGAACUGCAAUGGUGCUGCAGAGGCUGGAAAUGACACCGAGCAAAUGAACCUGCAGCCAUUUGUGGCGGCGCUUUCGGAGGCUGGCGAUGUUAAUUUUAUUCCGGCCCCAUCAGCUGCCUAGUGUCUGGGUUCUUGGUGGCAUUGACAUAAGAAGUAUAUAGGGCUUAUUAAGAUACAAUUGAUUUGUAUUUAGUACUUAUUCCGUUUGGUCCUUCCAUAAUUAUUUACUUGGGAGGCCUUUCUUGAAGUUUUAGUGUAGGAGUCUCGAGUCCCCCUGUUCUUUAUGUUGGGGCUUUGUUAUAUUGCGAACAACGUUUGAAAUAUAGCUCCAAACUUCCAAUUAUCGGAUUUACAAGUUA